AUGGCCGCGGGCGUCCUCGCGUUCCUCCGGCGCCCGCCGCCCGCGCGGUCCGCGACGGCGCGGCUCCGGCUCCGGACGACGUCCUUGGAAUACGACCUGUCGCGCGCCGCUUUGAUGGACUCGGGCGACGCGCCGACGACGGUGUCCCGGAGCCGCGCGGACCGGUCCCAGCUCUACGACGACCGCGAGCUCGGCGCGCCCCUGCCCGCGCCGCUCGCGCGGGCCGUCGGCGAGGCCCUCGGCCGCGGCCAAGCGAAGAAGAAGAAGGGCAAGAAGCGCGCGCCGGCCGACGCCGCCGCCGCGCCCGUGUCCCUGAAAGCGCCCGCGCGGAGCGACGACAUCUUCGAGGACGCGGGCGCCGACUACGCCCCCGGCCUCGCGACGCGGUCCGGCGACGGCGACGGCCGCUCGCUCCGCGAGCGCGCCGAGGCGUCGCGCCGCGCCGCGGCCAUGGUCGACGACGACGACGACGGCGCCGCCGAGGCGGCGCCCGCGGCCGCGCCCCCCGCGCGGCCCGCGAAGACCGACGACGGCGACGACGACGACGACUUCGACGCCGCGGCCGCGCCGCCCGAGCAACAGCAGUCGGCCGUGCGUCCGACGCCCGCGGGCGGCAACCGGCGCGAGCGGCGCAAGGCCAAGGCCAAGACCGGCGGCGUCGUCCACCGCGACCCCAUCAUGGGCACGGCCACGGUCGCCGCGCCCAAGCUGUCGCGCAACUUCGACGGCACGGACGGCGGCUACGGCGAGGCGACGCUCUACGACUCCGACGACGAGACCUACGCCAUGACCAAGAAGCGCGAGGCCGCCGCGGACCACGAGGCCGCCGCGUACCGGUCCAAGAAGAAGAAGAAGACCGCCGGGAGCGACGACGAUUAA